AUGUCAGGAUUUUAUCCAUUUAUUAAUGUUGCAGUAAAUGUAGAAUGGAGUGAUGAUAAAAAAUUUAAAGAACAUGGUAGACCAAAUUCAAUUUAUACAAAACAAAUUUUUGAAAAUGGUUUAAAAGGUGUUAUUUUAAGUGGAUUAACAUUAUCAUCAAAUGGAAAUGCAUGUUGGAGUGGUCAUGAUCAAAUUCCAAUGAAUUGGGCACUACCAUUAUCAAAAGUACUUAAAGAUUCUGGUAAAAGAGUUGGUAUCUCAUUUGGUGGAAUUAAUGAAUCAACUCAAGAUGUUUCAAGUAAAUUCUCAAUUGAACAAUUGGAAAAAAUUUAUAUUGAAGCAAUUGAAAUGUAUGAAAUUGAUCAUUUGGAUAUUUGUUUAAUGGGUAGUUUAAAUAAUGUUGAUUUCAUAUUAAAAGCAUUAAAAAAAGUAAUUGAAAAAUAUCCACAAUUAAUAAUUAGUAUAACAUUACCAGCAUCAACUCAUGGUUUAAAUCCAACUGGUAUGUCAAUAAUUUCAAAAGUUAAAGAAAAUCAAUUACUUAAUAAUAAUAACAAUAAUAAAAAUAAUUUAAUUAUUAAUUUAAUUACAAUGGGAUUUUAUAAUGAUGAUUGGAAGAAUAAUAUGGAUAAAGAUAUUAUUAGUGUUAUUAAAAAUCUAAAAGAUCAAUUAAAUUCUUUAUAUACAUCUCUAAAUGAUGACCAAUUAUAUCAAAGAAUUGCAAUUACUCCAAUGAUUGGUAAAAAUCCUGAUACUUCAAUAUUAUCUUUUGAAAAUGUUAAAGUCAUUUCAAAUUUCUCAAAAGAGAAAAAUUUAGGAUUCAUCUCUAUGUGGAAUUUAAAUAGAGAUAAUCCAAGAAAUAAUCAAGAUGCCAUUGAAUCUGAUGAAAUUUCUUCAUUAAACCCAAAUCAAAAACAAUCAUGUCAAUAUAUUAAAGCAUUUAAUGGUUCUGAAAAUUAA